AUGAGAUCGGAAUUAAAUUCUCAAACAGUCGAUGACGAUGACGGAGUCGGUGGACAAUGUUGGACAAAAACGGAAAACGAUAAUAUAGAAAAUGAAAAUAAAAUACAUCGAAAUGAGGAUGAAACCGGAAACGGGAUAAUAAUAAAACCGGAAAACGAAUGUAAUAAAAAUGAAGAUAGAAUAGAUCUGAGAAGUAGGAGUAAAAGACGAAGGCCCGUGUCAUCAGUGACACCAGAUUUAGAACUCACGGAUUCCUCAUCUAUAAGCGAUGAUGUUACGUUCGUACCGUACUCAAGCAGAAGUGCCAGAUCUCGAUCCGGAAGAUCUUCGACAUCUUCUGGAACCACUCAUUCAUCGGUAUCAAGAACUAGAAGAAAACCUGUACUAAAUGCAAGAGAAAGAAAUAUAAGAAGGUUGGAAAGUAAUGAGAGAGAAAGAAUGAGAAUGCACAGCCUCAAUGAUGCAUUUCAGAGUCUUCGAGAAGUUAUACCACACGUGAAAAAAGAAAGAAGACUUUCUAAAAUAGAAACAUUAACUUUAGCUAAAAAUUAUAUAUUAGCAUUAACUAGUGUUAUUUGCGACAUACGCGGUGAUAACAAAUUAAUGCAAUCAGGAAGAACGGAAACGACCGUUGUGACGUCAUCAAAUCAAGAUCCUAAAAAUGAUUUGUACGAUUUUCAAGGAUAA